GAAAAUCCUCAACCGGAUGUAGACCGGUACUUACAGGAAGCAAAGCAAUAAAUCCGUGUCUCGUAUGACUGCUGAAAUUUUGUUUUGGUGUCGUUUUUAAAAAUGCAGCAGCGAGAGGAGAAGCAACUGGAGGCGUCCGUGGAUCUGCUGAUUUCUCGUGUCGCACAUCUCAAAAACGCUCUCCACAACUUCAUCUACAAGUUGGAAAAUGAAUUUGAGAGACUGGCAUGGCCGUCUGUGCUGGACAACUUCGCUCUAGUCUCCGGGCAGCUGAACACCAUCAACAAGCUGCUCAGGAACGAGAAGACGCCCUCGUUUCGUAACCAGGUCAUCAUCCCGCUGGAGCUGUCUCCUGACCGCGACGAUGAGCUGGCUAAACUAACAGAGCAGCGGGUGCCGGUGUUCAGUCAUGAGAUCGUCCCGGACCACCUGCGGACUAAGCCGGACCCGGAGGUGGAGGAGAUGGAGAAGCAGCUCAGUGCUGAGGCAGCUCGGCUCGGCCCAGAGGCGGCCCAGAAACAGAUUCAGACCCUCAACAAGCUGUGCUCCAAUCUGCUGGAAAAGCUGAACAACCCGCGGGAAGACCGUGACCCAGAGAGUUCAGCGAUUCGCCAGAGCAAGCCCUCUUUCAACCCUGCCGACACCCUGGCGUUGGUGGGCGCCGUGGCGUUCGGGAAGGGCCUCUCAAAGUGCCGCCCCCCGGGCCCAGGAGCCCCUGGACAGGGACCCAUGAUGGGUGGAGGCCCCACCCUGCAGCAGGUCACCAUCGGUGGGGCGUCAGGACAACCAGGGAAGAUGCCAAGCAGCAUAAAGACCAACAUCAAGUCAGCCUCCGGCUCUAUGCAUCCAUACAACCGCUGAGAAGCUAUUUUUCAACGACUCCUUACAACUAUUCACUCAUAGUUACUCUGCUUCCUGUACCCUACCAAAAAAAGGAAUAUCAAUAUUGUUUCUUUUUAUAUGCCUGAUUUUUCUGUUGCAUAAUAAAUAUUUACAUCCAAA